CCACAUAACAAGUGGUCUCCACCUAACUGUACCAUGGAUUGUGAGGUAUGCUACAACGGAGGAGUAUGUGAUACAUACAUCGGAACCUGUAUAUGUCCUUCGGGAUUUACCGGAGCUAGUUGCGAAACAUCUUCUGAUGGUAAUCAUUUUGGACGUGAUGGUCAAACCCCGUGUAAAACUGGUAACAAUGACGGAUGCAAGGGGAUGUUGAUUUGUCCACCUAUGCCACAAGGCUGUGCCUGCCACUCUGGCUGGAAAGGACUUAGAUGUGAAACGGAAUGUGAAGCUUGCAAGUAUGGCGCUGACUGUCUACAAGAUUGUCAUUGUAAUGCAAGUGAGUGUGAUCCUUCCAACGGCUGCAAUAUGAAUGCAACGUGCAACCAUGGCUACACGGGCAUAAGAUGUUUAGAUAAAAAUGAUACGACCUCGGAUGUGGGAACAACUAAUGGUAAUGUACUUAGUGUCAAAUUAACAUGGACCUAUAAUUAUUAUUAUUGUAGCUCCAUGAUAGUUUGUCAAAGUGUAUCAGUCAAUCGCGAACCCUAACGGUGAAUAUGAUGAAGAAUGGUUUAGGUUAGUUUUAUUUAAGGUACAUAUACACCAUGGAGGAAAUAUAUUAUAAUAUAUUUCCUCCAUGGUAUAGACUAACCCCUUCUUUUACAGCAUUACUGAGAUUAAUUGAUAUUGUUAACGGGCAAAGUAGUUUUCGGAGAUUUUUCAGAUUGUAAUCGACCAGGUUAUUGCAGCAGAUGCAACAUAUAUCAAUGGACCAGAAUUGUUUUGAAAAGGAAAUUGCAAGUCUUGCAACACACAUAAUUGGAUCUAUGGUUUCCGACGCAGUCUUCCAAGAAUACUAGGGCUACUCUCAACUUGUACGAUGGCAAACUUUUUUUGGACAACAUGACGGAUGCAAUCCAUCUGGAUAACGAAUAGAUGAACUGAAAAAAAUACACGACGAGAAUAAUCACGUUUAAAAAAGUAUCAUACCCAGUACAGAAACGGAUUGAAGCUACAAAUAAUGGUGUCUUUUAUCCUUCGCUAAUGAUUAUUCAGGAGUUUCAACAAGAGAGGCAUCAGCAUCGACCUCGAUUUACUGAUAUGAUUAUGGAGAUAAUACUUACAUGUAUUACAUGGCAUUUACAUGAUACGAUUAGGCAUAUGGUUUGUUCGUUAUUUCAAAACCAUUAUAGAAUGAGACUGUUGCAGUGUAUCCUGUUGCCAAUAUCAACGACAUUCGUAUUGUAUCAUACCAUGUCUUACACAUUUUAAUAAAUUGGUGGUGUUUUGUGAACUUUUUGUCAUUUUUUAUAGAAUGAUAAAUAGUAUUAUUUUUAUUAGUAAUUAAUUUCAUUUAUUCAUAAAUUUCUCUGUAAAGCAAUAGACGUACCAACAACUAACGUUAAUAUGCACUUGCCAUUUUCAUUCUGUAACGGCAAGAGUCUAUAAAAUACUUAUAAGAAACAUAGCUUAAAAGGCAUGGCAGUUUAUCAAGUCAAAAUAAAGUAAUUAAGAAUAUUGUACUAUAAUCGAUUAAUGAAUAUGAAUGACAACAGAUGUCCUAAUAAUAUUGUUACUUGAAACGACCUUUCAAAAACGUAAGAACGAUCUUUGCAUUAAUGGAUAAUUAUUAUGGGAUAUAAAGGGUUCAAUUGAGCUGAACAACAUUAAUUUUUUUUCUUGAUGAUUUGACUGUUUACAGUAUAUUGAUAAUUCAUAUUCAUAUUUUUCUACUAUUUGCCAGUUAUAAUUACAAACUGGCAGCGAUGACU